AUGUAUGGCGGUCAAGUUCCCGGACCUAACACAUCUCUCGACUUCAUCCUGCCACCCAACAUGGCUGCAUUGAUGGACAGUCUCACUUUGACCUCAACCGUCCAGAUCCCGGAUGUUGAGAAGGCCGUCAAUAUGUCACUGUUCUCGAACGAACAGGCACGUCUUCAAAGUUCUGUAACGACCUUCAACUACGCCGUUUAUCAUCCCAUGUCUGAGAUCUACCAGUGGAUGUUAGACCAAGCUGCGUCUACUAAAUACGUCACAAUAAUGGACAUUGGAUCAACUAAUGGUGGGAAUGACAUCAAGGUUCUCAAGAUCUCCGUGUCACUUGCACCUAACAGACCGGCUGUGUUUUUAGAAGGGACGCUCCACGCCAGGGAGUGGAUAUCCCCAGCCAGCAUCCUCUGGAUGACCAACGAGCUUCUGCAGCGGUACGGUACUGACGCCGAUGUGACAGCAAUCCUUAACGAGUUCGACAUCUACGUCAUCCCCGUUGUUAACGUCGACGGAUACAUCUACAGCUGGCAGUCACCAGAAGUGAGUAAAAUAGUACUCGACUUUGGAGGAAGAACAGAGACGACCCAAGAACAGCUGGAGAAAAAUAUUCAGGGUGCAUUGGGAACUGACCUGAAUCGCAACUUCAGGAUACGUUGGUCAGCAUGGGACCCCGACAACGUGAACCCCUGUUCAGAUACCUACAAGGGAAGUUUCAGUUUUUCUGAGCGUGAGACAAGGGCCUUGAAGUCGUUUGUGAUGAGCAUCAGCAACAGAGUGGCCUUCAUCGACAUCCAUAGUUACGCCCAGCUAUGGAUGUACCCGUAUGCUUAUAAACAAGGCGUUACCCGCAACGACGCGGAUUUUAGGGCAUCUGCCCAAGCGGCAACUGCAGCCCUUACUGCAGUUCAUGGAACUACCUACAAGUAUGGGCCAAUCGCAGAAGUUAUAUACCAAGUGACAGGCAGCAUAUGUGACUACAUGUACAAGAAAGCCAGAAUCAAAUACUCCGUGUCUCUGGAACUCAGGGACAAGGGGCAGUAUGGGUUUCUCCUCCCAGCCGAACAAAUCAUUCCCACUGGGGAGGAGACGUUGGCGGGGAUCUUGGCCUUCCUUGACUACGUCCGCAACAACCCAUGA